CGCAUGGUUCCUGUUUUCUGUGGGUGAAAAGUGACUUCAUUCCGCGGGUUACACCGGCAGUGUAACCUAAUCUGUCAUGCGGCGCUGCGCUGAAUGAAGUCGGGAGACCUCGGAUGGGUGUGCGCUCGCCCGUGUGGAAGCUACAUCAUAACCACUGCCCACUUGACAUCCAUCCAACAAAGUGCAUCUAUUGCACGCUUUCGGAAAGAGGGAUUCGGAGUCUUCGUUUUUGUUAGCUCGAUCUGUUUCCUUUUUGCCACCCAACCUCUGUUUCUUCCUGGCUUUUCGUCAGCACUUUUCCAGUAAUUCUUGCUUCAGUGAACCAGCUAUGCUGUACGACUUGAUCUCGCUGGGACGCAGAAAAGAGCAUACGAUAAGUGUACCCUAAAAUGGACCCAAGGCAGUCCUAAACCUGGCCAGAAAAGUAUCGCUAUCUGGAACAAUAUACGUAACAUCAGCAACAACAUCAGCAAAAAAGAGAGAAGAUUCGUCGCCGGGUUUAAUGAGUUUACUCUCCUUGCCGUAUCCAAAUUUGCGAUCUCUCACCCUCCGUUUUCUAGCGGUGAAAGGGCAAUUCGGAUGAACACUAGGUCAUCCCUAUAAUUUGAUCGGACUUACUGCAGGAGUUGUGUGCGCCUAACAAGCACCAUUACUCUACGAACAAUAUACAGAAUAACUGCUCAUGAGACGGUUACAAUAACCACCCGGAGACGCGGCGAAAUAAUAAACUACCGAACUGGUUCCUCAUCUUUAUUGCGCCUGAACCCACGGGAAUAAUAAUAAGUAUGAACAGACAUUAAUGGUUAUUAAUGGUACGGUGUAUCUGGGGAUUUUUAAGUACCGGGAGGCACUACAGUAAGCGGCACACAAGGACUGUGAUUUUGAUCCUCGAACGCGUUUUAGUCUCAAGGAAAUAUUCAAAGAUGCAUCGUUAUUUGAACACCACCUAUUCGCAUGGGUGUUGUGCUUUUUUAUUCUUGCUGUGGACAACACUUGGCACGACGGUCGUCGGUGUAGAUGGGUCCCAGCAAGGGAUACCGUUAUCUGUUGUGAAGUUGUGGGCCUCUGCCUUUGGGGGAGAGAUUAAAUCCAUUUCAGCCAAGUACUCAGGUUCACAACUGCUGCAGAAGAAAUACAAAGAAUUUGAAAAAUUUGUCCGAGUUGAAGAAAUCGAUGGCUUGAAGCUUGUUAAGAAACUGGCCAAAAACAUGGAGGAGAUGUUCCACAAGAAGGCAGAGGCCAUGAACCGCCUCGUAGAAGCUGCAGAGGAAGCCCACCUGCAGCACGAGGAAGACCCAGAGCUGCAGUAUGAAUACUUCAAUGCCGUUUUAAUAAACGAAGUAGACAAAGAAGGCAAUAGCGUGGAGCUCGGAAAGGAGUUCGUUUUGGAGCCAAACGAGCAUUUUAAUAAUUUGUCCGUCAACCUUAGCCUGAGUGUUGUUCAAGUUCCCACCAACAUGUACAACAAAGACUCUGCAAUACUGAAUGCAAUAUAUUGGUCAGAGGCACUGAACAAAGUGUUUGUGGAUAAUUUUGAGCGGGACCCGUCACUGAUAUGGCAGUACUUUGGCAGUGCCAAGGGUUUCUUCAGACAGUACCCAGGUAUAAAAUGGCAUCCGGAUGAACACGGGGUCAUCGCUUUCGACUGCAGGAAUCGCAAAUGGUAUAUUCAGGCUGCCACGUCACCGAAAGAUGUGGUGAUUCUGGUCGAUGUCAGCGGGAGCAUGAAAGGACUGAGGUUAACUAUCGCCCGGCAGACGGUCAUGUCCAUUCUGGACACACUUGGAGACGAUGACUUCUUCAAUAUAAUAGCAUACAACGAAGAGCUGCACUACGUGGAACCUUGUCUAAAUGGAACUUUGGUCCAAGCUGACAUAACCAACAAAGAACAUUUCAGAGAACACCUGGACAAGCUCUUCGCUAAAGGAAUCGGAAUGCUGGAUAUUGCCCUGACCGAGGCCUUUUUGCUACUCAGUGAUUUCAACCAGACCGGCCGCGGAAGCAUCUGCAGCCAGGCCGUCAUGCUCAUCACGGACGGCGCCGUGGACACGUACGACUCUGUGUUUGAGAAGUACAACUGGCCUGAGAGGAAGGUGCGAAUAUUUCCCUACCUGAUAGGAAGAGAGGCUUCCUUUGCUGAUAACUUGAAAUGGAUGGCAUGUGCUAACAAAGGAUAUUUCACCCAGAUCUCCACUCUGGCCGAUGUGCAGGAGAACGUAAUGGAAUAUCUGCAUGUUCUAAGCCGGCCCAAGGUUAUCGACCAGGAGCACGACACGGUCUGGACAGAGGCUUACAUGGACAACACACUUCCUCAGGCCCAAAAGCUUGGAGAGAGCCAUGGUCCAGUGCUGAUGACCACUGUAGCAAUGCCAGUGUUCAGCACCAAAAACCAAACGAGAAACAGGGGCAUCCUUCUGGGUGUGGUGGGCACAGAUGUUCCCGUCCAGGAGCUCCUGAAAACCAUUCCAAAGUACAAGCUAGGUAUCCAUGGGUAUGCCUUCGCGAUCACAAACAACGGCUACGUCCUGACCCACCCGGACCUGCAGCCUAUGUAUGAAGAGGGACAAAAGAGGAAGAAACCAAACUACAGCAGUGUGGAUCUCUCUGAAGUGGAGUGGGAAGAUAAAGAUGAUGUCUUGCGCAAUGCCAUGGUUAACAGGAAGACUGGAACAUUUUCUAUGGAUGUUACGAAGACUAUAGAUAAAGGGAAACGUGUUCUUGUCUUGCACAAUGACUACUACUAUACCGACAUCAAGGGAACUCCUUUCAGUCUAGGGGUGGCCCUCUCCAGGGGACAUGGAAAAUUUGUUUUCAGAGGGAACGUUUCUGUGGAAGAAGGGCUUCACGACCUGGAGCACCCCGACGUGGCCUUAGCCGAUGAAUGGACUUACUGCAACACGGACCUUCACCCGGAGCAUCGCUACCUGUCGCAGAUAGAAGCCAUCAAACUCUACCUCAGCAAACGAGACCCGCGCCUGAAGUGUGACAAAGAGCUGAUUCACGAGGUCCUGUUCGACGCAGUGGUGACGGCUCCACUUGAAGCCUACUGGACGAGCUUGGUGCUGAACAAAUCAGAGAACUCGGACAAAGGCGUGGAGAUUGCCUACUUAGGUACCCGGGCGGGGCUGUCUAGGAUCAACCUGUUCGUGGUUCCUGAGCAGCUGACUAGUCAAGACUUCCUGACAGCUGAAGACAAAGAAGGAGUGUUCAAUGCUGACCACUUCCCGCUGUGGUAUAAGCGAGCGGCGGAGCAGGUCCCCGGUACCUUCAUCUACUCUCUCCCCUUCGGCGCAGGGUCUGAAAACAAAAGUGUGGUGUUAGCCAGCACUGCCAUCCAGCUGUUUGAUGAAAGAAAGUCUCCCAUAGCUGCAGCUGUGGGGAUCCAGAUGAAGCUGGAGUUCUUCCAAAGAAAGUUCUGGACAGCUAGCCGACAGUGUGCCGCCCUCGACGGGAUGUGCUCCAUAAGCUGCGAGAAUGAGGAUAUCAGCUGUUACCUCAUCGACAACAAUGGCUUCAUCCUGGUGUCUGAAGACUAUUCCCAGACAGGUGUGUUCUUUGGUGAAGUGGAGGGGGCUGUGAUGAGCAAGCUGCUCGCCAUGGGCUCAUUUAAAAGGGUCACUCUUUACAACUAUCAAGCCAUCUGUAAAAUCGAUGCCGAGAGCAGUGCCAGUGCACGCAGCUUAUUAGAUCCAUACCUCGCUGUCUUCGCUGCUGUGAAAUGGCUCUUCACUGAACUUGUCAUAUUUCUAGUGGAGUUUAACCUGUACAGCUGGUGGCACUCAGACCUCACUGCAGCAGCCGCAGCGCAGCGGAGUGGCAGGACCACGGUGGUGCCAUGCGACACCGAGUACCCGGCCUUCGUCUCCGAGCGCACGAUCAAGGAGACCACAGGGAGCAUCGACUGCGAGGGAUGCUUCAAAGCCCAGAGUGAACCAGGUGAUGGACCUGAUUCAACCCAAGAGUUUAGACAAAACAGAAGACAUCACCCAUACAGAACAAUGCAACCUGAUAGGUCGUUUGUCAUUCAGCAAAUCCCGAGCAGCAACUUAUUCAUGGUGGUGGUGGAUGACAAGUGCGAAUGCAACUCCGCCAAGCCUGUCACCAUGGAGCCCAUUGAAAUCAUAUAUAUCGAAUCUCUUAAAUGCGAGCGGCUGAAAUUUCAGAAGGAGCGGCGACGCCCCGACUCCUGCCACCCUUUCCACCCCGAGGUAUGGCCUCCUCCUCCCUGUCCCCUUUCCACUCCGAGGUAUGGCCUCCUCCUCCCUGUCCCCUUUCCACUCCGAGGUAUGGCCUCCUCCUCCCUGUCCCCUUUCCACUCCGAGGUAUGGCCUCCUCCUCCCUGUCCCCUUUCCACUCCGAGGUAUGACGUCCUCCUCCCUGUCCCCUUUCCACCCCGAGGUAUGACGUCCUCCUCCCUGUCCCCUUUCCACCACGAGGUAUGGCCUCCUCCUCCCUGUCCCCUUUCCACCCUGAGGUAUGACGUCCUCCUCCCUGUCCCCUUUCCACACCGAGGUAUGGCCUCCUCCUCCCUGUCCCCUUUCCACACCGAGGUAUGGCCUCCUCCUCCCUGUCCCCUUUCCACACCGAGGUAUGGCCUCCUCCUCCCUGUCCCCUUUCCACACCAAGGUAUGGCUUCCUCCUCCCUGUCCCCUUUCCACACCGAGGUAUGGCCUCCUCCUCCCUGUCCCCUUUCCACACCAAGGUAUGAUGUCCUCCUCCCUGUUCCCUUUCCACCCCGAGGUAUGACGUCCUCCUCCCUGUCCCCUUUCCACCCCGAGGUAUGGUCUCUUCCUCCCUGUCCCCUUUCCCCAUCGUGUCCAAAGGUGUGACUGCUCGCCCGGAGACCCCAAAAGUCAUCUGUGUAUUCUCGCGAGUUCUGUGCUGUUGGGAAACUGUGGGUACAAGUUAAAUAAUGCAUGAGAAAGUGCACGUGAUGGAUCA